AUGGCGAAGAAUCAAGCGGCAUGGAUCACGGAGGCCAAGGGCAAACCCUUCAAGGUGCAAGAGGCUCCUAACCCCAAAGCCGGUCCGGGCGAAGUCGUCAUCAAGAACGCCGCCAUUGCCAUCAAUCCUGUAGAUUGGAAAAUCCAAGAGUAUGGCGGCUUUGUGAAGCAGUAUCCCAACAUCCUGGGCACUGAUGUUGCGGGCGUCAUAGAGGAAGUUGGCGAGGGGGUCACCCGUUUCACCAAGGGCCAACGAGUCAUUGGCCACCUGGUCGGACUGUUGACUGGCGAUCCGACAAGUGCGGCCUUCCAGCUCUAUAGCAAGACGGUCGAGAUCAUGGUCUCCCCGAUCCCAGACUCGCUCAGCUUCGAAGAAGCCACGGUGCUCCCACUCGCCAUCUCAACCGCUGCAGCGGGCCUGUACCAGAAGUCACUUCUGGCACUGCCGUUUCCGUCGACGAACCCACAGCCCACGGGCAAGACACUGCUCGUCUGGGGCGGUUCGUCGAGCGUGGGCGCCACGGCGAUCCAGCUGGCCGUUGCAUCGGGCGUAAAGGUUGUAGCGACGGCGUCGCGCAAGAACCAUGAAUUCGUGAAGUCGCUAGGUGCCGUGGCGGUAGUAGAUUACAAGUCACCGAACGUUGUCGAAGAGCUUUUAGCAGCGAUCGACCAGCAGGGCGGCAGCCUUGUUGGUGCCUACGACGCCAUUUCUGAGCCCAGCUCACUGCAGCACAUUGGCGCUCUCACGGACAAAGUUGGAGUCCUGCCAGUGGCGACUGUACUGCCGCCGCCGGAGGGCCUGACGAAGACGGCAGAGGCGAAGCAGGUCGUCGCACCGACAAUCGCAACGCAAUACAAGGAGAUCGCCGAUGGCGUCUGGCGCAAGUUUGUCCCAGAGGCAUUGGCGAGCGGGCAGUUCAAAGCCAAGCCGGAUCCAUUGGUGGUUGGCAAGGGGCUGGAAAAGAUCCAAGAAGCGGUGGACAAGCAGCACGCUGGCGUUUCAGCAAAGAAGGUUGUGGUGAGCCUGUAA